UGCAACCCUAAAUCAUCCCGCGGGCCAAUCACGACGAUCUGACGGCCAAGUGAAAUAACCAACUAUAGAAUAGUCACGUUUGAUUCGGAAAACAGGAUGAUUUAGGUUGAUUUGACUGCUAGGCAAGACGGAGAGCUCCGUGGCAAUUUGGGAUGAAUUCAUGAUGAUCUUUUAACACUUCGUUGUUGGGGAAGGUUAUAAAAUGACGGUUCGUCCGUCUUCGACACAGUAGACAAUCAAUCCGAUAACUUGUCUAUCGCCAUACAAAUCAAUUGAGAUGAAGUUUUCCCUAGCUAUUGCAGCUGCGGCUGCAGCUCUUUCGAGCUCAGUCCGCGCUGCCCAGUCCUUCGCUGGGUCCAAUCUAUACUACGCCGCUGGCCUGACAGACGACGAGUCAACAACACUACUCACAGGGCUACAGAGUGCCGGCGUCAAGGUCCUUCGAGUGUGGCUCGACGGCGAAUCUGGCACCGUCAAAGGAACCCCGAUCAACGAUUAUCCUUCUCUCGAAUCCGGCCAGCCUGGAAACUGGAACGACACGGUGCUGUCCCGUCUCGACGAUUUUAUGGACAAAGCACACGGCUAUGGCAUCAAGCUGCUCGUGUCGAUGCACAGCUACAAUGCGCUCUCCGCAACUCCCCCGGACAUUUACGGCGCGUGGUACGGAACCGGCGAUUUCUAUACGAGUAGUGAUGCAAUGGGCUACUUUAAGAACCGGAUUGCGCACAUCAUGAACCACGUCAAUCCGCAUAAUAAUAAGAGAUGGGCUGAUAGCCCAGAGUAUAUCUUCGCGUUCGAAGCGGAGAAUGAGGCUAUGCAUGAUCAGCAAAACCCCUCUGCCCUGACUGCAUGGCAAUGCACCAUGGCCACGGCGAUCCGCUCAAACUUCCAAAACGGCACCUCCAAUAUCCUAAUCACCACGGGCGGUGGCGCAUAUCUCGCCAACUCCCUACUCGACGCGUACUUUAGCUGCGCGGACCUCGAUGUCCUCGCCAUCCACGCUUACGGGACCGGCGACUUCGCCACCUCGGCACUCACGCCGUACGUGCAAAAGGCUCAAUCCAGCAAUAAAAAACUCAUAAUGGAGGAAUGGGGCGCCUGCUACUAUUCCAGCGAAAACCAGCGGUGCGAUCAGUCGUCCGCUCUCGAUUCCGGCACCAGAGACGAGAAUAUCAAGACGUGGGCCGACCAGAUCAGCAAGGCCGGCAUCCCCUGGUUCUACUGGCAGAUUCUGCCGAAUGAGGAUCCGCAUUCGGACUGGGAUUAUGAGGUCGGCAUUAAUGGCGUGAACUGGGACGCGUUGGAGGCCGUGGCUAAUGCGACGGCGGGGUAUGAGGCUGCCUUUGAUUUUUCGGCUUAUUUACUGUAG